GUGAUAUCCCCGACUUUGCACACAUUUGCCAAUAGCCAUGUUGUACGAACUGAUAGGCGUGGUACGCCCUGGGCGCAGCGUCAAUGAAAUCAAAGAAAUCACACGAACAACAGGAAACAUCAUUCUCGGAGCAGGCGGCGUAGUCCGAGGGAUCACAAACUGGGGCACAUUCACACUACCCAACCCGGCGCGAAAACAAGGCGCGACAUAUCGAGAGGGCCACUAUUUCAUUUUACGAUUCGAUUCGAGCGCAAAGACACAACAUGCUGUGCGAAGAACAUUGGGCCUUGAUCCGCGAAUGAUCAGAUACAGCGUGGUGAAGAUGGGGAGUAAGCUGGAGGACAUCAAAGAUGUGGCAGGGAAGGCCGACUGGGGAAAGACGCGAUCGAGCGAAGCGAUUUGAGAUGCAUUGGCAUAUGAGAGGUAUUGGAAACAUAUGCCAGGAAAAGUUGUGUACAGAUACAGAAAUGCAUUUGCGGGCGUCUGGUGAUGGAAUCUGGACAGAACGCGGUGCAUUAUCAGCAGGAGGCGAGCAUAGAGCUGUGGUCUAUAUAUCACGGACAGGAGGGUUUGUACAACAACAGGCUUGAACACCCACCGAGGUGUGCCUAUGUGGGAAUGAAGGCGACGCGCGAUCACGGAGCCAUAAGAUGCACGUGAGGAGCUGAUUUGAUAUGGCAGUGGCAGCAACCUUGUUUCGACAGCAUGUCGAGAUCUUUGCAGGCCAUGUACACUAUGGAGAGAGACUAAGCGGCCUGUAGUUCGAAGGUAGUCCGCAGACAACUUUCUCAGAUCUCGCAGUGCGUAUUGCAACUUCCUCCUUUUGGUAGCGCCGAAUCGGCUGCUCCCGGGCCCCUGCCCUUCAGAUGAAAAUCCUCCAACACUCGGUAUAUUUCGCC